AUGUGUACUCUGAAGGAGUAUCUUUCUAUCACUAUGAUGCAUCUCUCCAAGGAGAAGGAUGACAUAAUAGAAAAUAGUCAGUUGUUGGGUGCGGUACUAUACAUAAGAGGUUUGGGUGACUAUAGUCUCAAGUUCCCAUCAGAGUUCUCAACAGAGCUCUUCUUCAAACUCCUGAGAGGACAACAACUGCAAUGCUACCAGGAUGGCAUUCAGUAUUGCAAUGUGAUGCCACCCACCCAUUUUAUCGACCUCACUGAGCUUCAACUGCACAAGUCAACUCUGGUUCUAUAUACCCAUGGUGUUGAUGCUAUUGUGGAUGGUGAGGCUACAGUCAGUCAGAGGGUCAAAAAGCUGGAUGGACCUGAUCCUUCUAUCAUUGUGGGGAGACUCAUUGGCAGCCAGAGACUCAACCAUAGUGUUGAAGUCAGCUGGAUAGGCUCAGAUGGAAACUGGGCUGUGGAGCUACUGGGGAACUUGGUAGCUGGAACUUCAGUGGAACUGUUUGCCAAGUUUCUUGGGCCUGCAGAACAUGGGCAAAGGGAUGAUAUGAUGAUUCUUCAGUAUGAACUGGUGCCAAGGAUUUAAUUUUCUCUUGUUUUGUAAUCAUGUAUCCUGUGGAAUUGAUAGGAUGUUCUUUUUGUUGUAGUUCUAAAAUGCAUGUGUCUCAAUGAUAUGGUGAGAGCCUGAUCCAAAAUUAAUGUGUUCUCACCAUCAC